GAGUCGUCGCCUCCCCCGGUUGGAAGCCAGAGCGGAGUCCGGACUGUCCGGGUGGACCAGGUGCCCCAGCCGGCGCCGACAGCAGGCGCGCGGGUACUGCGCCGGGCACUGCACCGCACCGUUCCGCGCGGGACAGAGUGGAGCCGCAGCCCCACGCGCCGCCCCGGACCCUGUCGCCACCACCGCCUCCGCAGCACCCAUGGGGACCCGGAGACUUUAAAGGAGUUUGGGGUUUCGGGAGCAGGGAAAUCACGGGUACGGAAAGGCGACUGUCUUUGCCUCGGAAACGAUUUUUCUUCGAUUGUUUGGACCCUGUGCCGGAUCCCCGCUCCUGGCCCUCGCCUCGCCGCGUCAUUGAUGGGCAAUCAACUGGACCGCAUCACCCACCUCAACUACAGCGAGCUGCCCACAGGGGACCCGUCGGGGAUCGAGAAGGACGAGCUGCGGGUCGGGGUCGCCUACUUCUUCUCAGAUGAGGAGGAGGACCUGGACGAGCGCGGCCAGCCGGACAAGUUCGGCGUGAAGGCCCCCCCUGGCUGCACUCCCUGCCCGGAGAGCCCCAGCCGCCGCCACCACCACCACCACCACCACCACCACCUGCUGCACCAGUUGGUCCUUAACGAAACUCAGUUCUCAGCCUUUCGGGGCCAGGAAUGCAUCUUUUCCAAAGUCAGCGGCGGCCCUCAGGGCGCCGACCUGAGUGUCUACGCGGUCACCGCGCUGCCAGCGCUCUGCGAGCCGGGCGACCUGCUGGAGCUGCUGUGGCUGCAGCCUGCGCCGGAGCCGCCCGCGCCUGCCCCGCACUGGGCCGUCUACGUGGGCGGCGGGCAGAUCAUCCACCUGCACCAAGGCGAGAUCCGCCAGGACAGCCUGUACGAGGCGGGCGCGGCCAACGUGGGCCGGGUGGUGAAUAGCUGGUACCGCUACCGCCCGCUGGUGGCCGAGCUGGUGGUGCAGAACGCCUGCGGCCACCUGGGCCUCAAAAGCGAGGAGAUCUGCUGGACGAACUCGGAGAGCUUCGCUGCCUGGUGCCGGUUUGGCAAGCGGGAGUUCAAGGCCGGCGGGGAGGUGCCUGCCGGCACGCAGCCCCCACAGCAGCAGUACUAUCUUAAGGUGCACCUGAGCGAGAACAAGGUGCACACCGCCAGGUUUCACAGCCUGGAAGACCUCAUCCGCGAGAAGCGCCGCAUCGAUGCCAGUGGGCGCCUGCGAAUGCUCCAGGAGCUCGCAGACCUGGUGGACGACAAGGAGUAGCCUCCAGGGGCCGCCUGCCCCUCCUGUCUCCCCGCGCCCCGCUUCCUUCCCCACACCAGGGCUUUCCGGCGGGCAAUUCAACACCCCACCCCGCCUCGCGUGUCCGCCGGGGGGCCAGUAUCCAGGCUGCACCCUCGCACCCCUCCAGCAAGUGGCAGGAAGUCUCAGGAACUGGUCCCGGGACUAAAACGACAGCUGUGCGCCCCUAGCUGAAACGCCCAGGGGUGGUGAUGGAGUUGGGAGACUGCUUGCGCUUUCCCCUUGAGUUAUAAGGGGGGGGGGAAGAGAAUGGGCUGAGGGGAGCAAGGACAUGACCGCGCCGCCAGGGUCACUGCUCCGCGACUAUCACCCCCACCUACUACAAAGGGACCAUCACCACCCCAAGUGCGCGCACAAAGACCAGUGGGAGGUGAGAAUGGAUCUCUUCAGGGCGCAGUUCAGCUCCUGUGUGGAUGUGUCCCCAGAUUGCAGGAUUUCCAAGAAAUCGAGCCUGUCACUUAUGCAUUCCACAAGAGAGCACCUCGGGACGCCGGGUCAGCCUGGACUGAUCGCACUGUUCCAGCUCUCCAGCCCCAGGUCUCCUGACAUUGUAUUCCAGGCUCUGGGCUAAGCUAGACAGUGUUUGCUCCCGGUUCUUUCCACCGAGGGAAGGGAACACCACCACCCCCACCGGCAUUAGCCGGUGAGUCUCCCUUGCUGGCAGAAGGGAAGCCUCCCCACCAGGGAGGAACGUGGCGCAGCUAAUUGGGUGAGGAGCUCCGGCCCAGCCCCCAGCAAGGAGAAGGUUCUCCUGGUGUCUGGAAACUUGAAUUUGUGGAGAAGGGCGCUUAUUGUUCUUAACCCUAGAUUGCUCCCUCCUUGGGCUGCAUUUCAAAAAUAAUCAUAUUUUUAAAGGGUUUGGAGGAGAGGGAGGGGAAAGACAUGGCAACAUUCCAGUAACCAGCAUUAUUACAGCACCAUAGCCAGUAUAUUUAGUUUGGCUUUUCCUAACAUAGAAAUCUUAGAAGAUGGGGAAGUGGAAAUAAAGUUUUAAAAGUAAUGGAGCAGUUUCCAACUAUGUCAACAAAGCAUAUCUGUUGAUGUUUUUAUUGACCAUUUUAGCAACAUGCUAAUAAAAUUUCAAAUUGAAAUUUUUAUUUUCAUGGCUUUAAUCCAUGAUAGUUUAAAUAUUGGGGGCCAUUAAGAGUGGAUUUAGCUAAGAGCUUAGCUAACAUUGCCUUUUCACUCUAUUUUUCUGAAAUCGUGUUUGUGACUAUUGUAGUUAAUUUUUUGGCUUGAAACGACAGCCCUAGUAGUGGUGGAGUUGUUAAUUGAUGUGUAUAUCGUACUGAAUUUCUGUCAGUUAAGGGGUUUACUGCUUUGGUGGAAAUUGCUAGCAGGUCCCAAGGUGUUUCUUUUCUCCAUGCUGUAAACCAUUACCAUUGCACAUUUGCAUUUCUAUUUUUCUUCCUCUCCCCUUGAUCUCCUUAAAAAAAAAAAAGAUUCUAGAGGUGGUGGCUUUUCCCCUCCUCUUUAGCUGGUCCCACAAUUCAUUCCUGAACACCAGAGAGGAUCGUAGGAUCAGGACAGACAUGUAUUUUUCAGAAAAUUAAGGCUGUUUGAAACCCCUUCCUUGAGCAAGGAUUUACCAACUUCUCUCCCGGCGCCGCAGCCCAAGCCUGACUGUUAUUAUACUUAACUCAGUGUGCAGUAGACACAUUGCAGUAUCUAUGUCCCUUUCAAGGGAACUUGUCAAGUAAUGGUGUUUAGCUAAUUGUUGCAAGCAAUUGCCUAUUGACAGCUGUGAUUUAGUUGGACAGCCAAUAUUACGGCCAAAGCCAGUUUCUUGGCAUUUCAAAAAUAAUGCAAUAAAAACUAGUCGAGGUUAGCUGAGACUGGAAAUGCCUUUUCAUGGUAAAUGAUUCAUUUCUGUUCUGUGUUUUGGUUUCCAUCCGGAUUCAUUUCCUGAUCGUGAAUCAAAAGGUCAGCUCAAUGGAAUAGGAACUAGAAUAUUUUUCUUAAGCCGAUUGAGUGAUUUAUUUUUUAAAAAAAUGUUUAAAUGCAUAUGCUUUCCUUUCAGCACCUACGAUGGCAUAACUUUUGUAAUAGCUAACUUACCUUUGCAUGUAUGGAGGACUGAAAGUCAUUUAUUCCCCUAACUUAUUCCUCUUUCCAAUGACAGAUGGCAGAUCAUAAAGUGAAAUUCUUUACUGUAUCCACACACUGCACAGCCUUCUGUGUCCUACCACUGUACCUUGGUUCUCUGCUGUAUUAAACACCAACCUAAGCACUUGAUCCAACAGGACUCCUUCUUGACAGUUUGUCUUCCACCUGUCACUCAGAGGAUGGGACUUCAGCUAAAGGAAUGAAUCUGUCUCUAUCACACCUGAUACUAAGAUUUAUUUCCUCUGAUGGCACAUAAGCUGAUUUUUCUCUUCCUGAGAGGGUCACUAUAACAGAGGAAUGGCUUCUCAGCUUUAUACUUGCUGAAACAAGACUGGCAAUAAAAAUGAGUUUGGUA